CUUGCUGAUAAAAUUGGAAACGAGAAAUAUUAUCAUCAAAUACCUAAAGUACUUACUCUCCAAUCCCAGUCGAGAUUUGGUUGUCAAAUUGAAUACAACAAUAUUUCCAGUUCCCGUAACCACGGUGUAGAACAUAGAUAUAGAAACUACCUUAUAGAUUUCCCCUCUCUCCACCAGUUUAUCUCAAUAAGGCUAAUCAAUAGCUAUUAAAUAUCAUGGCCGCCCAAUCUACGACUACCGAAACGGCACCUCUUACCCAGGCCGAACAGGAUGAGUUUUUGGAUCUCGUCGUUGCUCAAUCUGCACGGGCUGCUCUGCGUGAAGAAAGCCCGUUUUGGGACGCGAUUUCCCAGUUUAUCGACAUGUUUCGAGACAUGAUUCGGAACACGUUGGUCCUAAAACUCGAACAUUUGCCGAUCAUUGGAACAUGGGCGUCCAGGGUUGCCGUUACGGUUUCUGAACUGAUAUUUACCCUUGUUGGGACACUGCUUCACUUUUUGAAGACCAUAUUUUCCGCGAAACGUGUCUGGAUUGAGGCGCACACUGCCGCGCUUACUGCUUGGAAGGCAAACGAAGAUAAAGGUCUUCUGGCGCAGACAUACGCAUACUCCAAGAAAAUGGCGGGAUAUUUCCUGGAAAUUAUUAAGCAAUGCUUGGAACGUGCUAUUAAAACGCAAGGACUGGAAAUGACGCAGGCUGAAGUUGCCGACAUUUCGAAACUUUUGGAUGAGAUUUUGUAAAUAAAUUGAUUUAUUGUAUACACGAUGUUUGUCAUGUUUUACAAUGAUUGAUUUUUUUUCAAGGAAAUAAAAUUAUUAUGUUGGCAAAUAAAUUGAUAAAUUGGAACCA